AUGGCGGAAGUCAUCAUCAGCCCUCCCGACUCCCCGGCGGAGAGGGUGCGAGACGUUACUCAGUACCUCUACCCGGAUCUAUUGCUGCUGGCCUUUAUCGUCAUCGGCGCGACACAUUCGGUUUACAACGCUAUGCGAAAAGAGGAUGUUGUAAUCCCUACAGUUCGAGGUCCCGGCGGCAAGCCACUGCCUGUUACUAAGAGACGAAGAUCCGACGAUGAUACACCGGAGCCGGACGAGUUUACUCCCCACGCUCGGAGAUUUUUCCAAUAUUCCAUGAUUUUAGCGACGUUGACAUUUCUUGGUGCUGGUGCCGCAAUUGCUGCUCGAGCUCUGAUCCACAGGAGCGCGGACGGUGAACAUGGGUGGUGGUGCGGCGAACCCAAGACCGUCUUUGUUCUUGGAUCGGCCUUUCUUUAUGUCUAUUUGACCUUGACUAUGUUCGAUUGGAAAAGUAGCCCAAGUCUGGUCCACAUUCUUACCUGGAGCUUUGCGCUUUGUGGUGAAAUAAUCAUCUUUGUUUGCGAUGCUAUCGUACUGUCUCGUCCUCACAAGGUCAUGACUAAUCUCAAUCGCGAUAAGUAUGUGAUUGUUGAUGAGCUGAACAAAUGGGACAUCAUCGACCUCGGUCUCGACGUGGCGAGAAUCGCUACCUUAACCGGCAUGAUCGUAGUCUAUUCUACAAUUGUCCUUUUGCGAAGACGGGCCGAUCUAGAAAAGUAUGAGCAGGGAGAAGAAUACGACUACGAAGCCGACGAAUCCACCCCGCUACUCAAUGGCGGGUUGAACGGCUACCAUGCAAAUGGUCAUUCCUCCCAUCCAGGCCUGAACGGCACCGCCAAUGGUAACGCCAAUGGCUCUGCCGAUUCGAGCCACCCCAUGGUAGAUGAGGAUGCAGGAUUCUACCGGCCAGAAAAGCUACCUCACACUACCUGGUUCGAGUAUCUCCGUGGUUAUUCCGUGUUUUUCCCGUACAUGUGGCCCAAUAAGCAAUUGCGCUUACAAGUCAUUGUCGUGAUUUGCUUUCUACUUCUAGCUCUCCAGCGAUGGGUGAACAUCAUGGUACCUUACCAGAUCGGUAUUGUCACGAACCAACUCUCCGGGGACGAUCUUGAGGAAGGCGAGGCGCGUAUGAUGCCUUGGGUCUCGCUAGGGCUCCUCAUUCUGUAUAAGCUACUGCAGGGGCCGUCGGGACUUUUAGGAUCACUUAGGUCUCUGCUGUGGAUCCCUGUCUCCCAGCACACAUACCGAGCUCUCACCACGUCGGCCUUUGAACACGUGCAUUCUUUGAGUCUCGAUUUCCACCUAGGCAAGAGGACCGGAGAGGUCUUGUCUGCCCUUAACAAGGGCUCCUCAGUCAACGCUUUUCUCGAGCAGGUCACCUUCCAAGUUUUCCCUAUGCUCAUUGACUUGUUUGUGGCUAUCAGCUACUUCUACGUCAGAUUCGAUGCUGUGUAUGCGGUCAUAGUAUGUUCAAUCACAUUCUAUUAUUUGUUUUUGACAAUCAGAAUGGCAUCCAAGACAGCGGAUCAAAGACGAGCAAUGUCCAAUGCAGACAGGGAAGAAGAGGCUGUCAAGAACGACUCCAUUAUCUCGUACGAGACGGUCAAGUACUUCAAUGCCGAGGAUUUCGAAUUCAACCGGUACAGGGAGGCUAUACAGAAUUUCCAAGUUGCCGAGGCCAGAGUCACGUGGAGCAUAAGCACCAUGAACAUCUGCCAAUCGUUGGUCUUCAUGAUAGGGAUGCUAGUGGCCAUGAUGCUCGGUGCGUACCAGGUCACAAUGGGUAACCGAAAGGUGGGAGAUUUUGUCACCUUGAUGACAUACCUAGGCCAGUUGCAGGGUCCACUCAAUUUCUUCGGCACUUUCUAUCGUACCGUCCAGCAAGCUAUGAUUUCCGGGGAGCGUCUCUUGGAACUCUUCAAGCAGCGCCCCACAGUUGUUGACCGCCCCGGAGCUCUCAAUGUUACCUCGUGUGAUGGUCGUGUCGAAUUUUCUAAGGUCAAAUUCGCAUACGAUAAGAGAAAACCUGCACUGAGAAAUCUUACCUUUACAUGUGAGCCUGGUACAACGACAGCCCUAGUUGGUGAGUCGGGUGGUGGCAAGUCGACCCUCUUCCGAUUGAUGUACCGCUAUUUCAACUGCCAAGAGGGUAACAUCAAGAUUGAUGGUCGCGAUAUCAAGGAUGUGACUAUCGAUUCUGUUCGACGCUACAUAGGUGUAGUGCCUCAGGAUACAGUCCUGUUUAACGAUACCCUUUUGUAUAAUCUGAGAUAUGCCAACCAGAAUGCGACGGAUGAGGAUAUUAUCGCCGCAUGUCAGGCUGCUAGUAUUCACGACAGGAUCAUGUCUUUCCCUGACGGCUACUUGACUAAGGUUGGCGAGCGUGGUCUACGCUUGAGCGGCGGUGAGAAGCAGAGAGUCGCAAUCGCGCGAACGCUACUCAAGAACCCGAAGAUAAUCAUGUUAGAUGAGGCAACUUCGGCACUUGACAGCCACACGGAGCAACAGAUCCAGUCCCGACUCGCCACCAUUGGUCGUGGCCGCACAUUGCUUAUCAUUGCGUAA